AUGCUGCGGGUGGGCGGACGCUUCAUCCGCAGCGAGAGGCUGUUCAUGGAAGACAGGGUGGCGGCGCUGGCCCUCAUUCCCCUAUACGCACGCAUGGGCUGCGUGCAUGUCGUGCUCGUCUACGGUACGAACAACGUCGACUUGUCGGGCGCCAGGUUGAGCGAGGAGGCUCUGCGGAGGAGAGAAAUCGGUAGCGGCCUCGUGCUCGCGAGCCGAUUCUUUUACGCUGCAACGUUGUGGAUACUCAAGAACACGAUUCUAGAGUUCUUCAAACGUUUGACUGGCGUCACAUGGGAACGUUCCUACGAAAUGACGCUACUAAUUAUCCGAUGCACCUUGGCUGCCACCUUCAUCGCUGUCUUGAUUAGCGAUCUCGCCGAAUGCCAACCUUUCGCCCAUUACUGGCAGGUCCUACCAGAUCCUGGUGGCCAAUGUCGCCAGGGCUAUGCGCAACUGUUGACUAUGGCGGUCUGCAAUAUCCUUACUGACCUCUUGCUGGUCUUCUUCCCUAUCCCAAUCAUCAUUCGAAGCCAAAUGACAGUCAAGAGAAAGGUUCAGCUCACCCUCCUCUUCUCACUUAGUCUCGCCCCUGUCGGUGUGACCCUUUAUCGUGUGCCGCACAUUAUCUGGCAGGACGGGAACCAACAGACCCGGUCUCUGCUGGCAUCCGUUGAGCUUCUAUUCGCUACAGCAGCUGCCAACGCCCUAGUCCUCGGCUCAUUCGUAAGAGACCGGGGAACCAAAAAGAAGAAGUUCAAGUAUGGGUCCGUCGCCGACUCCAUGGACCGAUCUAGUGCCUCACGAUCACGGCGUCCGACGGUACGGCCAUGGGGCAGUGAUGAGGAUCUCGUACGAGACAUGGGCUACGGUAUUGACCCCAACCUCCGGGAAAUCCCCGAGUCGCCUGGUAUCGACGACAACAAGUUCUACCCCGCUGCUCCUGUAGGAAAUAUCGCCAGCGAUAUGAAACACUGGCAGUUCCCAGAACCUAUCACCUGCCCGGAGCAACUCUUCUGCUACUCCGCGUAG